CAAUCCGGUUCGACCCUUUGAGAGGGUAUUCUUCAGUUUGGAGUAGCGUUGUUCACUGGGAACACAAGGCGAGAGCUACGUUGCUGUGUCAUUAGUAAGAGGUAUGUCUCCAGAGGAUGAACUCCAGAGUCCCCCCCUUGGGUUCAGCUGUACCAGGGAGGAUCUCCCUCUUACUUGUGGUGAUCUAGAUAGCUCUCGUGAGCUGGGGAGAAGGGGCAGGGCACGCAGCAGUCUCAAGACAAGAACCCCAGAGGCUGGUAUCAGUUGUAAAGGAGACUUUGUCAGUGGAAGGAGCCCUUUCCUGAAAAUACUGAUGGAUGCAGAAGCAGCUGCCAACUCUGCAGCCAUACAACUCGUGUCUUUUAAAGAUGCAAUGGAAGAUGAAUUUGCUGAUUCGAGACAGUCUGCUAUAGAUAAGCCCCAAAUUACAAGGCAGAGAGGACUCUUGUUGGAGAAGUUGGAGGAUUUUAGACGAAUAAAUAAAUCUGUUCGAAAGAAACUGAAACAGCUUCAGGAUGCAGAGACUGUUCGAACUGAUGUCGACCAACAGAUUGACAUUUUAGUGAAGAAAAUCACAAAGGCUGAAACUGAAAAUGUGCAUUUAAAAAGAGAUUUGAGUCAGACAGAAAGAAGAGUCGAGGAGCUAAUGGAUCUCCGGAGAGAAGAACAGGAGAACAUAAAGACUGCAGUUCACAUGACAAAGUCUGUGGAGGCAACACGCGCUCACCUGCAGGGCCAGCUGCGCAACAAGGAAGCUGAAAACAAUCGUCUGACUACACAGCUACGGACUCUGGAAAGAACCCUGACUGAACAGAAGAUGGAGGUCGAUGAUCUGAGAAGCUCCAUCACCUCUUUGACUGAGAAGGCCGCUCAGGACAAAGAAUCUCUCAAGAAAGCCACCCGAGCACAGAAACUGAGAGCUGAGAGAUUUGAAGCUGCCAUUGAGAAAUGCUAUGCACAGUUGAGGGAAAAGGAUGCUCAGCUGGCCAGUGCCCAUUUAGAAAGGGACUCCAGGAGACUGCAAAAGGAGCAGAUGACCGAUGAGAAAGACAAGCUUGUUGCUCAUAUAGAGUUAUUGAAAAGCCAAACUGCAGACUUGACAGCGAGGCUGGAGAAGGAGAAGUAUGAGCUAACGGCAGCUUAUGAAACUGUGAUGCAACGUGUUGAAAAACUCAGGACUGAAAAUGGAGACCUCAGUGUCAAUAAUGCAGCACUCAAGGCAUCUGUCGCUAAGUUGGAGCAGCAGCUGGCUGAUUGUGAGUCUUCUCUGGUAGAGGAGAAGGUUGUGUCUCAGGAGAGGAAAGAUCAAGCAGAACAGUGCCAAUAUCAGGUUGCAGAACUUCAAGCUGAGAUCGACGAUCUGAGGAUAAAAUAUGCAAAUAUUUUAAGAGAGACAGAGAAAACACGUGAUGGGAAAGAUAUGGAGGUUGAGAAGAUGGAGAGUCAGACAAAAUUGCUGAGAUCAUCUGUGGAGAUGAAAGAGUCCAUUCAUGAAGCCAAUUUACAACUACAAGAGAAAGCGAAUUCUCUUCAAAAGCAAAUGGACAAGCUGCAGCAGGACAACCUGGAGCUCGUCCGGAGGCUCGCAGCUCAGGAGGAAGCUCUGAGCUACAGCAACCGGCAGCUGGAUCAGCGCUCAUCAGAGUGCCAGGCCCUCAGCCGUCAGCUGGAGGCGGCCUUGGCAGACGUUAAGCAACAGGUCAACAAGGUGAAAGACCAGGCUCUUUCCAGAGAAGAGGCCCUUCAGACCAAAAUCCUGGAGCUGGAAGCAGAGAAAAGCAGAAGGGAUAAUGAGCUGAGGCUUCUUCGCCAGAGUAAGAUGACUGCGGAGAGACAGUUUGAGGUGCGUCUGAAGGACCUGCAGCUCAGCCUGGACCAAUCAGAGAGCCACAAACAAAGCAUUCAGAACUAUGUUGAUUUCCUCAAAACCUCCUAUAAGACAAUGUUCGAUGAGGGACUGCAAACUUCGAGUGUUGGAUCAUCAUAUUUUCUAAAAUGAUUAAGGAUUCAUCUGUUGAUGUUUUAAAUUUUGUAUUUAUUUGUUUGUUUUUUGUGUACUGUAAUAUUUAUAAGGCCUAUUUAAAAAAAAGUCAACAGAGGCAAGAAUUUAUAUCACUUUUCAAGGAAGGGAAAAGCUACUUUUUUUUUUAUAUCUCUGGGCUAUCUUUAGCUAUCUACUUCUUCAUUUAGCUAACAAUCUUUUUCCUUUUUCCCCCCAGAUGCCAGGGAAAUAUGCUGCUACUUUGAGAGGUUUCAAUACCUGUUUUUAUCUCAUGUCCCAAGACACAUUACAUAAUAUUUUCACACGUCUGUGCAAAUUUUGGACUGAGAACUCUUGGUGCUAAUGUGUCCUCUCUCCAUACGACAAGGAGCCAGUUGCAUAAAUGUAGUUUGAGACUAGCCUAAGCUUUGGAGUAGUUUCAGAUUGUUGAUGAAGAAUCAUCUGAUGAAGACAGUCUGUUGCAUCAAAAUUACUUGCUGAUUUGUUGAGAGUCACUAAAAGUAGCCACAAACCCCAUUUUUGAGUUGACAAUGACCUACUUGCUACAGCAAUAUGUUUGUUGAGUUGUGAGUCGGCAACAGAUAUUUGGUACUUUAAGUUGGCUGUUCAACACCUUCAAUAAUGUUUGGUCUGUUUUAAGAGGCUUAACAAAUCAGCACAUCUGUAUUGACAUUUUGAAUAUUGAUUAAUUGUUUGGUUCAGUGUUCAGUUAUACAAAUGUUUUUUAAGACUUUUUAUUUGGAUAUAUCUGGGCUUGGGACUGUUGGUGGGAUAAAACAAGCAGUUUACAGUAUCUGUAAUGAACAUUUUUCACAAUUUUCUGAUAUUUCAUAUACGACAUGAUACGUCCAAAAAAUAAAUAAACAAUUAAUGGGGUUUCCAGCUGGGGGAAAGUAAUGUGCCACUAGGUGGAACUGUUUUGUUAGCAAUCUUUUCUCCUCUGUGAAGAGGAGUCUUUUACCCACAGUCCAUUGUGCAUUUGGUCAUCAGUCUUAGUCACCGCUCUAUAAGUUCUGUGAGACAUACAGAGUUCAGUGCUUAUUGCAAGCGUAAGACUAGAUCUAUCUUUGUGCAACUAGCUCCAGAUCAAAAAGUUUUUUUUGUUUGUUUGUUGUGGUAGAAUAAACCACAUUUAACAUGGUGCUCUAUUUAAACGUGAAUGUGCUCCAGCUUUGCUCCCAUUAAAAAGAAAAAAA